UUGUUUUUUGCAAAGCUUCACCUACUCAAUACUUACGUGACUGAAUUUCAGGACUGACUUCAACCCAAUUCCAACACAACACAGUAAUUAUAUUUACACAGCAAGCUAAAAAGGGGGAGGGGAGUUACUGUUGUGUGUACCACAAGAGCUUAUGACAAUGUGUUGGAUAAGCCCACACAGCAACAAUAUACCAAGGUUAAAGCAUAUUUUUCUUUCUUCCAGCCUGCCAGCAUAACUGUACCUUGAAGACCACUUUGCCAAUUUAACCGCAGAAAGUAUUCUUCUGGUUCCUUCGGCCGAAGAUGAAGCAGGAGACUUUCCGAAGGGCAGCCUAUACUGUAGAAUGUAAGGAUUAUGUGCAUGUGGUAGAAUUCAAUCCAUUUGACUGUGGUACUGCAGAAUCACUCAUUGCAUAUGGUGGCAACAAUUACGUAGUUGUUGGGACUUGCAGAUUCCAGGAAGAAGAUGCAGCAGUGGAAGGAAUACAAUAUAAAACUCUCAGGACUUUUCAACAUGAAAGCAGAGUUGAUGCCAUUGUGUGGAGCCCAGAAACUAGACUUGAUGCUUUACCUCCCCAUAUAAGAUUUUGUACUGCUGCUGCUGAUAGAAAGUUAAGGUUAUUCACAUCGGACCUCAAAGAUAAGAAUGAAUAUAAGACUUUGGAAGGCCAUUCAGAUUACAUUAAUGAUUUGGUAUUUUCACCUAAAGGUCAAGAAAUUGCAAGUGUGAGUGAUGACCACACAUGCAGAGUCUGGGAUUUAGAAGAAAAUUUAAGAGCUUAUUUUGUUUUGCGUUCUCCUGGAAUGAGUGUGGGCUGGCAUCCUGAGGAUGCAUUCAAGUUGAUGGUAGCAGAAAAGAAUGGAACUAUUCGAUUCUAUGAUCUUGUGACACAUCAGGCUAUCUUGUCUCUCACAACUGAUCAAACACCACUAAUGUCAGCAAACUGGUGCCUAAAAAAUACUUUUAAAAUUGGAGCAGUUGCAGGAAAUGACUGGUUUAUCUGGGACAUUACUCGAUCUAGUUACCCUUUGGAUAAGAGGCCUGUCCAUGCAGAUAGAGCUAGGUUAUUCAAAUGGUCCCGAGUGAAUGAAAAUUUGUUCGCUACUACUGGCUAUCCAGGAAAAAUGAUCAGUCAACUUCUGGUUCAUCAUUUAGGUCAUCCUCAGCCUAUCCUUAUUGGUUCUGCACCCUUAGGAUCUGGUUUAACCUGGCAUAGGACCCUUCCACUAUGUGCCAUGGGAGGAGAUCAUAAAGUAUAUUUUUGGGUGACUGAAAUAUAAAAAAAAACAACUACUGUAUAGUAGUUUAAAGUAUAAGAUAAUAAUUAAGGGAAGGAAGAGUUGAAAUAAUAUAGUUGGCUUAUUUUAUACUUUUUUUAUAGAAACAUUGCUUUUGAUUGAAGUUCUGCAGAUUUUAGACUUUUUUUCUAGUUUUAGAAGUGCAGCUGAAUUUAACAGGGCAUUGUACUCAACAUUUUCUGUGCAAAUCUUGUUGAAAUAAUCUCUUGUGCAAAUUUUCAUAAGUUUAAAAGGAAGUGCAGCCAAGAAAAACAGUUCAAAUAGAUUGCCUAUAUGGAAAGAUAUACACUUUGAUAUCAUUACCAAAAUGUUGGUUCAGAUCCCAUCUCAGCCUAUAAUGUUCAUUGACAAAGCAUAGCAAAAAUCUGUAAAAGUGAAUAUUUCUUAAUAAAAAUUGAUUCCUGAGAUGAAUGUGUACAUCUGUGAUAUCAUGAAGUGCUAUGCCAACUGUAGAUAGUGAGACAUGAUAUGGUUGCAAUAAAUAAUCUCAAUUAUUGGCUGGUAACUUUUAUAACUGAAUAUAUUGAGAAAAAAGACAAAUCCAAAACAGGAACAAAGAGGUCAAUUUCUACAAUGAAAUUAAAUUGUAUACCUAACAGAUGUUAAGAACCUUUUUUUUUGUCAUGAUAAACUAAAACUCAAGUUUUUCCAGGUUUCUAAAUGAGCAAAAUGUAUCCUUCAGUUG